UGGCGAGUCGGCGUGCGAUGAGUCCAUCACAAUCCGUAGUGGAAGUUGGCGGAAGCGCCGAGCAAAAAGGAUUCCAGAGGGUUUCUAGACACCGAACGCCUUGACAAAAACCGCAGGAUUUAAGAUACAGUUUAUAAUACCAAGCAAGGUUUAAAUGUACGACGAGAAUGGGAUUGUGUCACGGCAAUGACGAACCGCGUUACGAGUUUCAAUCGCGGUCGACUGUGUAAUAAUUCAAGUAGAGCUGCAAAGCCGCGCGCGCGGAAAGAAGGUGCACGACCGGCGCAAACGCGGCUUCGAGGCGUUGCCUUCUGGUUCUCUGUCGAUUGCGGGAUAAACGUGAUCUUCCGAAAGCUCCCGUCCCCGACGUGAGAGUCGUGACGUGAGAAUCGUCGUGAUCUCACGUGGGUUCUGCAUCGAAGCCUCGCAAGCUGUUUGGCGAGCUGUUUCGCCGACAUGAGUCAGACGUGCGAACGAGCGGGUUGUCGCAUCAUCACAAGUCGUCAGACCAACAGUUCCGUCAGCUGAUUGUUAUUAAACAACGAAAUGCGUGGCAGCGGGCGUCCCGUUUGUCUAGCCACACACACAACACACAGAUCGCGCAUCACGGUUCUUGAUUAUCGCGGCCUGAUUCCUCCGUAUUUACAUUAAGACUGAUUGCGAACCGCGCACGAGUGGAAACGGUGUGCUGAAACUGGCUUAAAUUUUCAUGGAAACAUGGGGAACAAAAAUAGCUGCUGUGUCUAUUCCAGUCCGCAAGUCGAACGCAAGGUGAUAGGGUCGGAGAUUCACACUACGCGUAACUUGGACGAACAUUUGCCAGAGGGUGGGAUUAGCGUUAAUAAUUUACAACAUAUCAGUGAACGUGAGCCUGAGGACUGGGACUCGGAUCCAUCGUUGCAUCCAUGUGCGGGAACCAUUUUUAUGGAGCGUUCCAAACAAGCCAUAGAGAAUGGAAUGGUAAGAAAAAAGAGUCAACAUCAGAUAGCGGACACAAGGCCUUUGAAAAAAAGUAGCAGCUGCAGUACAAUAUAUUUGGAUGACAGCACAGUUUCACAACCUAAUUUGAAAAAUACUGUCAAGUGUGUUGCCUUAGCUGUUUAUUACCAUAUUAAGAAUAGAACUUCACAGCGACAGAUUGAUAUAUUUGAUGAGAAACUACAUCCAUUAACGAGGGAUGGGGUUUCAGACGAUUAUGAUAAACAUAAUCCAGAACACAAACAGAUAUAUAAAUUUAUAAGGACUCUGUUUAACGCCGCUCAGCUUACAGCUGAAUGUGCCAUUAUAACAUUGGUUUAUCUUGAACGCCUACUUACCUAUGCAGAAAUAGACAUAACACCAGCUAAUUGGAAACGGAUAGUAUUAGGAGCUAUUUUAUUGGCGUCUAAAGUUUGGGACGAUCAGGCGGUAUGGAAUGUAGAUUAUUGUCAAAUACUGAAAGACAUUACAGUGGAAGACAUGAACGAAUUAGAAAGACAGUUUCUAGAGAUGCUACAAUUCAACAUAAAUGUUCCUUCGAGUGUAUAUGCCAAAUAUUAUUUCGACCUUCGUACACUUGCGGAAGCAAAUGAAUUAACAUUCCCUAGUGAACCUCUUAGUAAGGAAAAAGCACAGAAACUUGAAGCAAUGUCCAGAGUUUAUGAAGAUAAAGUCACAGCGGAAGCUCUACGUACUGGUAUUAAAAAAUGGUCCAGCUUAGACAACGUAUGCAUAGGCGGACCUAGACGUAGCAUCGCUAUUUUAUCUUAAAUACAUAUGUAUAUGGAUAUGUGUAGACCAAUACCAAACAGACGCAAGAUUAACUUUGUUCAGGUCUUAAACAGAGGUAUGUGGAAUUUGCAGGAACCAUAAUUGUUACCGAUCAAUUUUAAUCAUUAUGGGAAAAAAGAAAUAUAUCUAUUUAAUUAUUAUAGCAUAUUUGAUGUAUAUUGUAUAUAUCUUUAUAAACUGUUUUUUAUAUCAUCCAAGCUAAACGCAAAAAUAAUCACGUGUAUACCGUGCGUGUAUUGUUGAAGUGUAAUAGAAAAUUUUCCAUCGCAGAUUUGGUUUGCAAUAACAUAAUCUCAAAUUCGAUCGUUAUAUACGUAUAUUUUGUGGAAAAUUAGAUAUAUAUAUUUUUUAAGUUAUAUUUCUUAUAAUGCAUUGUUCUUGUUAUUAGCAUUAAAGGACCGAGGAAAGCACUUAACACAUUGUUGACCGGCAAUUUUACUGAAAAUUUAUCUCAUGUCACCGGCUAUUAUUUCGUAAUUGGAAGUAAAAGUAAAACAAUAAAAAUAAAUUAUUUUAUUUAAUUUUAUUUUUAUUUUUUUUUUUAACGCAUCACGAGUUAACUCGUGACCGGUCAGCAACGUUCGGCCAUAAAAACACGAGUUAACUCGUGACCGGUCAACAAUGUGUUAAUAGAAAAAACAUUCCAAAUUAGGUUUUGUUUUUCUCAAUUAAAAGACUCACACUAUUUUGCUUUUAGCUGUUCUAUCAUUAAUGAUAGAAAACUAAAAAUUAUUACGUACUCUUCAAAAAGUUAUACACACUCUUCGGUUUAUCAAUUAAUGUUAAUGAUAUAUUUCUGUUGCUCCUACAAAACAACUACUCUGUCCGAGAUCUUGUAAUGUGAAUGUAACAAAACCAUAUGAAAAUGAAGCAAAGGGUAAAGUAAAUCGAGAUUUAGUAGUAGUAUUACUAUAGUUCUUAUAUGAAAAAUAACUUUCUGAUAUUAUAUUGAAAGAUUGUAUUUAUUAUCCAAAGCAUUUUAUAUAUUGACUGAAUUUAAUAAGAAUCAAACUCUUACGGUUGAUUUUUCUUAAUGAUAUUUUAAAAUACGAAAAUGAUAUACAAGCUAAAAUUAUUGGUAUUUGAUAUGUAAUGCAUGAUUCAUUAAAAUGCACUCAAAUUAAAAUUUUGCAAGCCAAAACUGUAAUGCAUAUUAUACAUGGUCUGGUUUUCUACUUUGUUUAGAUGUAUUGUAUAGUUUGAAAUCAAAUAGAACUCGUAAUUGUUGUACAUUGGUGUGUAACAACAUGGCGUGUAUUAAUUUGUAACAAGUCAUAUACAGAUGAUAAAUUUAUGAUAAAUUUUUUGUCACAUAAAUAACGAGAACACCAUUUACACGUAACUAUGUAACAUUGUAAACAUUAACGAGUUAGUUCUUAUAGCUUGUUAGGAAUGAAAGAUAUAAAAUUCGUCUGAUAAUAUCGCUUUUGUACCGGCGCUACUUUCAUGAAUUUAUAUCUUUAACCAAUAUACAAGGUAAAGAUAAAUCACUGAAAAUACCAAAAUUAAUUUUUUUACAAUAAAUUUAUAUUUAUUUCGUCGAUGCUUAAUACGAAAUAAUUAUAAAUAGUACGGCUCAUUAUUUAUAGAGAAACUAUUAGAAGAGAAAUUGAGUCAAAUUUUUGCUUGUUUAUUUUCACUUCUUUUCAUAACUGUUGCGAUGUGGAUAUUUUAUACACACGCCGAGUUGAAUAAUUCUUCAUUAAUUUUAUAUUUUGCAUGCGUCACGAAGUAAUUAUUAUUCAUGUAGCCAUGUAACGUGCUGCGAACAAUGUUAUGAAAGAUAUGUUAUGAUAAGAUUUAAAUAUGACAGUUACAUACAAAAAUUAAUUUAUUUCGUAACAUACAUAAAUUAAAUUUUUGGAAGAUUGUCGAGGAAUGCUCAUGACGGAAACAAUGUUUAGGGAGAUUGUAUCAUACUCGUAUUUUUCAAUCCUAUUUUUCAAGAUUAGAUUGAGGUAUCGUUAAUUUAAUCAUGUAUCAUAACUAAUGAGUUAUGUGUAUGAUAUAUAAUUUAAUAUUUUGUAUAUUUUUACUAAUUAUAUAUUACAUAUAUAUGUAUAUAUACUACGUAUGUACGUAUGUAUGUUACGUCUAAGAAUUGAAAAGUAUAAUCUAAAGUUUCGUUGAAGUUUUUAAAACGCUAUCAUGCAAAAACAUGAUAACGAUUUAUUAUUAUUUUUAUAUUUUAUUGUAGGAAAACAGAGACAAGUCAGAAUGUUGUAACGGUCGAGAUUGUAAUAAAACGACUGUUAAGUCCAUAAUAUGUACACGCGGUAAACAAAGUGAUUCUCAGCUUCUGAUGCAUUGUAAUAGUGCAUUGAUUGAUAAGCGUAGUAUAACAUAUCUGCUAUUUCUGUCCAGAUUACAAUAUUUUAUUUCGCUGUCCGAUUUAUAAAACUAUAUUUUUAUUGCAUUACGAAAUAUAACUGUAUAAAAUACCAUAUAUACAUAUAUAUAUAUAUAUACAUACACGCUGUGUAUGCUGCGGAAAUAUUUAUCUUAAUCGACAACAACUGACAUACUAUACGCGAUGCCAAAAUGUUAUUAGGAUUAUAUUGUAUAGACAAUUGCACACAUACACACAUAUAUACACACACACAAGUACGCGUAUUGCACUGCGAUAUUUUCAUUCGUCUCUGAUUUUUUGAUAAAAACUAAAUCUUUAUAUAAAUUUUCACAUGCAUGACUAUUUUUAUAAAUAGAGAUUCCAUUAUAAGGACAAUCUUCAAGUCUUAUUGCGUCCUGUAAAUAAAUUGCCGAAUUUUUGUAAGAUUCGUAGAGAGAUAUGUAUGUAUCAUAAACCAAACUACUUUGUUACUCGCGACACGAAAUAAUAUGCUUGAAGGUGAAAGUUCCAAAAAUCACCUUUAAGUCUUCCAUCCUAGCGCGUUUGUGUAUAGAAUCUUAAACAUCAAUAUAAUAAGUAUUAUAAUAUUAAUAUAUUAUGAUCGAUGCUUUUGUAAUAUAAAUUUGUGAUAAAUAGCUAUUAUCAAACAAUAUCGUUUUGUAUACACACACCUGCACACGCGCCUCUAUCUAUAGUAUUUACUUUCAAUGUAAAGUGUUUUAUUGAUUUAUAAUAAGAAUGUCAUUUAUAUUCCAUUCAUAUUUUGCGUUUCACUAAAAAUCUCAUUGCAAUUUGCCGGAAUAAAAUAACAUUCAUCAUUUUUUGCUAGAAAUUAGCGUUUUUCACGUAAAUUCACUUCAUAUAUGCAUUUUUCUCUCUCGGACAUACAAAAUAUAAAUAAAUAGUGUGAAAACUUUUCUGCCAAGAAAUAUUAUUGUGA